CACAAAAGGAAAUGGAACGAUCAGCUAGAGAACGUAUAAAUGCAUUAAAAAAUAAUGACGAAGAAGCUUAUAUGAAGUUGGUUGAUGAACAUAAAGAUGAACGAAUUACACAUUUAUUACGACAAACUGAUCGAUUCCUAGAAACUUUGACCGAAGCUGUCCUAGAACAUCAGAGAGAUCACAUGAAGAACAAUAAGACCAAUAAUGUCAAUAGUGAUGAUACCGAGACUGAAACAGUAGCAGAUGGUGAAGAUGGAAAGAAAAUCGAUUAUCUUGCAAUUGCUCACAAAGUACAAGAAGAAGUUGAACAACCUAACAUUCUGUUAGGAGGAAUAUUAAAAGAUUAUCAAAUUCAAGGUCUGAAAUGGAUGAAUGAACGAGGUCCUUAUUUAAUCAUUGUCCCAUUGUCUACUAUGACAAAUUGGGUAUUGGAAUUUGAAAAAUGGGCUCCUUCCAUAAAAAUUUGUACUUACAAAGGGACCCCUCCUACUCGAAAACUUCUUCAAAAAAAGUAUUUAAAAAAUCCCGAAUGUCAAGUAUUUCUAACCACUUACGAAUAUAUUAUCAAAGAUAAGGCU